CGAAAAAGACUUCAGGAACACCAUAUAAAUAAAAGGUUUUAAGGACAAUAUGUUACCUGUCAUAAUAUGAUAAAUAUUCUACUUCAUUUUUUUCAAUCUGUGUUGAUUAAUGCAUAAUUAAUCAUAAGUAUGCUAAAAACUAGCAAGUACGAUGCCGAGGGUAGCUUUGGUUUCUGUUACGGAUGCUACGGAUACUAUUGAAAAGUUUAUUGAUGAAUUUAAGGAUGGAACGUAUCCUAAGUACAGUUCACAUGUUCGGACACAGAUGAACGAUACAUUAAAUAGUAAAUGGUCGGCGGAAAGUGUUUAUACUAAUCCCUGUUUAGAAAAUCUCAUAGAAUCCAAUAGAUUCUCAUAAAUUCCUAUAGAGAUUUUAUAAGAAUGAAUGAGUUCUAUGGGAAGUGCUAUAGUUAAGUAUAGGGCCUUAUACAUACAGCUAUAAGAACCUAUCGGAUUUUGUAAGCAGGGAUGUCACAAAAAAUCGAAGAGAUAUAAUGAGAAUUGCAUUACGGAACUUCCUUGUGCAUUUAGCUUUAAAAUAUGAAAAUUUAUGAUUCACCUGAGAGUAAACAUUACUUACGAAUCAGAGGAUAUUGUAAAAGUAAGAGUUAUGAAAACCCACUAUUUUGUUAGUUAUAUGAAAAGCCACUGGAUGAAACUAACGUUGUUUUUACAAUAAGAACUCAUGAAACUUUUUAUAAUCAACACGAUCAAGUAAAGCGUCAACUUAAAGGCCUUAAAAGACAACGCGUUGGAAAAGAAGUCUUUCAUGAAGGUGCUACAAAUUGGUAUAAACGUGAGAUUCGAGAAAACGUAAAAUCCCGAGGUCGAAUAACAUCUUAUAUUCCUUCUAAAAAAGUUUUAACACAAGCUAAAAAAGAAUAUACGGAUGCUGAACUCAAUGUGAAAGUUCCCUGUUUAGAAAAUCUCAUAGAAUCCAAUAGAUUCUCAAAAUUCCCAUAGAAAUUUUAUGAGAAUGAAUGAGUUCUAUGAGAAGUGCUAUAAUUAAGUAUAGGGCCUUAUACAAACAGCUAUAAGAAUCUAUCGGAUUUUUUAAGCAGGGCUUCAGAUGGAAAAGAUUUAAUAAAAACAAUUGAAGAUAUGAAUUGUACUAUGCCAUUUCAAGGUUUCAUUCAUGAAGUUAAACGAAAAAAAUUAUAUAUUUCAUUUAGUACUCCAGCACAGUUGCAUGAUUAUAAAAAAUAUUGCAGGACAACAAAAAGUGUCUCAUCUAUCUCUGUCGAUGGUACUGGAAGUAUCGCUAAGCCAUUAGUUCAUGAAGAUGGAAGUUCAUCUGAUAACAUUUUUUUAUAUUCAAUUACAAUCAAUUUUGACAAUGAAACUUUAUCCGUUCACGACAUGUUUAUCGAAAGUCAAGAAACGGAAGUGAUAUGGUGGUGGUUAAAACAAUGGUUGAAAAAUGCCCCAAAACCUAAACAAGCUGUAUGUGAUUCUGCUCGAGCAGUAAUGAAUGGAAUAUCACUAGCAUUUAAUAAUCAAACUGUAAAAAUAUACGUUGAGACUUGUUUUUUAUAUGCUAUUAAUGACAGUGAGUAUCAUCGUCGAGAACCAAUACAUACGUACCUUCGACUAGACGUAUCCCAUUCUAUGAUAAUGAUUAGAAAAUGGGAUUGCUUCAAGUCCAUGCGGCUAACAUCGGUGCGUCAAUUUCAUAUGUAUUGUGUUGCACUGUUGAUUGAUUGUCAAACAAUCAAACAAUUCCAGAAGAUUUUUCGAUUGAUGUGCAUCGUUGGGCUGAAUGAAUUUCGAGAUACGGUGAUAAAAAAAAUGGCAGUUCUGUUUUAGAUGCUCGGAAACAGCUCGAAGAACUUAUAAAAAACCGCAAUUUUGAUAUUAAUUUUGAUGACUGUGAAAAUCAACUGAUAUAAAUAGUAAAAAUGUAGAAGAAAAACAAAAAGAAAAUGAAGAAACUAUUGAAAAUAACGGUGGACCUAAUACUAAUUUCAAUAAGACCAAUAGUCGUAUAAAAAAUUUUAUGCACAAUCUACGAGAUGAUGCUUUGAUCAUACUCAGUGUUGGAGGAGAUCCCAAUUCAUUUUUUUUUUUUUGAGGAUUUUAUUGAUCAGUUCAUAUUAAACGCGUACGAAUUUCCUCUAUGGACAGCCGUUUGUAUUCCUUAUAUAGCAGGGCAUGCACUUACAACUUUUGUGGAAGGGCAUUUUAAUAUAAUUAAGCAUAUAGUACUGAGAAAUUAUUCAUUAUCAUUACGAUUAGAUAAGCUUGUGAAACUUAUUCUUAACUACUAUAUUGGUAAUGCCGCCGCGUUUACAUCGAACUUGAAAGUUUUUAAUCAAAAUGAUGGCCCAUAUCCUAGUCCACAACCUAAAACACAAAAAAUUAUUGUCAACUGUAAAAAUAUUGACGCAGAACCACAAGUCGAAGAAGAAACAUUCAGUCUUAACCCACUUGGUACAGAAGAUGCUGGUUUUGGUGAUAUGAAAGCUAUUGAUACUUAUGGUAUAAAAAGUACUAGUAAUGAUCGAAUUGGGAACGCAGAAGAUAAAUCAAAAGCCGGUAUUAUAAUAACUGAUAGUUCACCAAAACAAAAAAAAAUAAUAGUAGGCUGUACAAAACUAAAGGAUACCAAUGAAAACACUCUAAGAUCGAAUGAAAAUCAUAAGCCAACAUUAGAAUUAAGAAAACCACGUGGUAAAUAUUUUAAAUCAAAUUCACAGAUCCAACAACGAAAUGCUUUUACAACAAACAUACAAAACUUGCAGUUACUAAAAAAUGGGAAUUAUGUACGAAAUCCUGUUAAUAUAAGAGGGUCAUAUUACUUUGCCACUAACACCUGUGGAUUUGAUUCAAUUAUCCAAAUUUUAUCUUCUAGUGCAAUGGAUAAUCCACAAUACAUGGCUUUUAUUGACGAAUCUAAAAAUAAAGUAUUAAAAUUUGUAAAAUUUUUCGAUGAAAAUGAGCUAUCUGCUACGACGAAUAAAAAUAGAAUCGUACUUCUUGAAGACCUGUUCAGCCAUAAAAUAAAAAAAAUGCUCAAUUCAAAUCAAAUUGACUUAUAUGAUUGCGUGAGUACUAUAUAUAAACAAUGUUUCAAUGAUGUGCCAAGUGGAUGGUUAACACAUACCUGUCCAAACUGUCAUAUAUACACUUCACCUAUAAUAAUAUUACAAGUUAAUCACUAUAUUAUACGAAAAAAUGGCUAUCAUGUUCUACAAGAAGUGUUAAAUAAUGAAUGGACACAGAAGUUGGGUAUUAAAACAUGUUCUUCUUAUUGUAACACCAGAUUAAAUAUUUAUAAUACUCAAAUUUUUAUCGAGUUAGAUGUUCGAGCCAAUGUUGAAGCAUCUCAUAGUAUUCCUGGGCAGUUGGUAGAUUUUCCAAUAAAUCUUAACUUGGGUGAUGAUCAGUAUCAAUUAUCUGGUGUUAUAGCUAUGUUACCAGGACAUUUCAUCUCAUACUGUCGACGUAUUAAUAAUCGCUGGGAUAAGUGUGAUGGUCUUAAACAGAAAAUAGAGUGUGUAAAAUCUCACACAUCGAUAGAACCUCAAGGAGUUAUAUAUACCAAAAUAUUUUCAAAAAAUGAUCAUAAUCAUGAGAACUCUACUCAAAAUUAUACCUUAACGAAAGAGCUUGUUGAUCUUACCAACGAUGAACCUAAAUCACUUGAACAUGGCGUGGCUUCAAAACUACCUAUAACAGACUCUCUUGAUGACUCUGAUACUAAUUCAAGAGACAAUUGGCGUAAUAAAGAACUAAAUAAUAAGGUUUAUUUUGACGGUUCAUUUGACUCGAUUGAGGAAAAUAGUUUUAUCGAAAGCCCAAUUAUGGAUAGCAUUAAGAAUAGUAGAUCCUUGGAAUAUCAAUCAGUUUUGAUCCUUCAAGGUGGAAAUAGUAUAUCUGGAAUCAUUAUAGAUAAAAAAAUUUUUCAUUUGUUAGACACGUAUAAUUUUGAUUUCAUAGUACAUAUCUUAAGUUGCAGUGCAUUAGACAUUCCGAGUUAUAUGAAUUUCCUCAAAGACUCGAGCAAUGAAACUUUUAAAUUCAUAAUCGGUUUUAUAAAUUUGAAAUCGUGUGCAGAAAUUUACGCUAAGAGAGCUUUGUUAUUAAAAUCAUUAUAUAUUUCAAAAACUUCAACGACAUUCCUUAAUAAUGUUUUUAUACAUACAACAGAUAUACGAGAAACUAUUUUCAACACAUGGGAAACUUGCUUGACAGAUCAAGCUAGCUUGCUUAACGUAUAUAUAUGUAAAUCUUGUGGAUGUUCGUCAUUUUUUACACCUUUUCUGAAAGUUGAUACCAAAUUAAUCAUAAAAAAUGGUUUCAAAGUACGUAAUGAGGCAGUUAAAUAUUAUAAACAUCUUAAAAAAGUAAAAUGUCGUCAAGAAAGUUGUUCUAAAUUAUGUUCAGUCACUGUGUAUCCUAAUUAUCAUUUAUUUAUUAAUUUAGAAAUAAUAUAUCGAUAUCAUAAAAAUAUGAAAUGCAAAAUUCAAGAUAUACCAAAAAAAUUGAUUUUUGGAGAAGAAGUACAGGAAUACCGAUUAGCAGGAAUUAUAGCGCAGAAAAAUAAUCUUCCCGUCUCAUAUUGCUUGAGAAUAAAUGGUACUUGGGAAUUAUACAAUGGCUACUUGAAUAUAAUUAUGAUUGUGGACUCUACGACAGUAAUCGAACCUUUAGGUGCAAUAUAUACAAUAAGUUAAAUAAAAAAAAAAGAUGUCUCAUGUAGUCAGUAAAUAUAUGAAUAUUUAUAAUGAAAACAUUAUUUAUACAAAUAUUAUUACUCAUUAUAUUUAGCACAUCUACUGUGUUCAUCGUCUACGAUCCUGUAUUGUUUAAUUUUUUUUUUUUUUCGACUGCUUUGGCUUAACAUAUAUAAAUCUCCAUAUUAGGACCUCUCAAUAUCGACUUGAUAUUGCUGUUCUGCUUUCCCUAUGAAAGAAAUCCAUGUGAGAUUGUAUGGGUACCCAUAUGAAUCCACAUAGGAAAGUAUAUGGAUUUAUGUAAGAAUUCCAUAAGAAUUAAUAUAUAAGUGUAUGAAUUUAUGAAAGAAUCUGUGUAGGAAACAAUGAGUACCUGGAUUCCUAUUAGAGAAUCCCUGUAGAAAACCAUGUGUAUCUAGAUUUCUAUGGGGGAAAUUCAUAUAGGAAACUAGGUAUCUGUAUAAGUAAAAUUUCAAUAGAAUCGGGGGUAUCUGGAUUUCUAUGUCUAUCGACUAUUGACUCGUGUAUAUGAAUAAAAGGACAGAUUAAUGUUCCUAUAAGAAACCAUAUGGAAAUCCAUCCGGAAACGCUAUGUAGAAACCCACAUAUUAGAAAUCUAAGCUAGGCUCUCAUACGGAUAUUUUUGUAUUCAUUUUGGGAAAAGAUUUGAAUAAGAUGAACAAAAUAUUUUUCAGUGUGAAGCCUACAAACCGAAAUCAUUAACGGUAAUAAUUAAACUUGUGAUAAUUAAUCAUGAAAGAAAAAGAGAAAAAUUAAUAAUACAGAGAAAAAAAUCUUACUAUAAUUGUUAGUAUUUUAAUAUUAUGUACGUCAUGAAUUGUAGAA